UCGAAUCGGACAGUUGAAUCCUUUUCAGCUAAAAGAAAUUGUGAAUUAGUGAGCGCAAAAUAAAACUAAAGAAAAAAAAAAUAAAAAAAAAAGUUAAAUUUUUUCAUAUAGAAAAAAUUCAUAAUUGAUAAAAAUAUUUAAAAAAAAAAUAUAAAAACUUUGAUUAAAAUUCUUUGAUUAAUUUUUUGCAGAUCGACUAUACGAAUCAACGCAGGACCAAAAAUGUCAAUAUCAGAUUUUCGCAAGAAGAAGUUACUCUAUUUGUUUAACGUGUUCUUUGACGUUAAUCAAAGCGGAGAAAUUGAUAAAAAAGACUUUGAAUUAGCCAUAGAAAAGGUUUGUGCAUUACGUGGUUGGCCCGCAGGGCAUCCAAAGAAUGUCGAAACGUACGACACGAUGAUAAAAAUUUGGGAAGGCUUGCGAUCCAAAGCUGAUAAGGAUAAUGACGGACAGGUUUCGGUCGAAGAAUGGUGUAAUAUGUGGGAUGCAUAUGCCAAGGAUCCCGAUAGUGUUCUCGAUUGGCAACAAAGGUACAUGAACUUUAUGUUCGAUUUGGAAGAUGCCUCCAAUGAUGGGGGAAUCGAUGCUGCGGAGUUCGCUUUGGUUUGUUCCAGUUAUGGACUCGACAAAGGGGAAUGCGAAGAAGCAUUUAAUAAAAUGUCGCAAGGAGCUGAAGAGGUAAAUCGUGAACAAUUUGCCGCCUUAUGGCAAGAAUAUUUUUCGUCAGAUGAUCCAAGCUCACCCGGCAAUUUCAUCUUUGGAAAAACCAAUUUUUAACACCGCUUCCCCGAAAUUUGCAUUGAAUUCGAUGUAUGAAGCGGGUUGCGAUACAAUUCGUAGAAAAUUCAACUCAUUUAUGAAUGUUAUGAAAUUUUAAAACAAACAAAAAGAAAUAGAAAACAAUUAUAUUUGAAAGAAAAUAAAUAAAUAAAAGAUGUUAAAUGAUGAAUAAAGUUUAAAAAUAAAAAUACUGUUUCUUACUUAUAUUCACAAAUAAAAAGAAAAAAAACAUAUAUAACCUGCCAAAUUCUUAUGCAAACAAAUUUUAUAAAAAUACUAUGAUAAAUAUAAUUGAAUAAGAAAAAAGUUCCUGCAUGGAUUUGAAAUGAGUGAACGCAUCAAGCAAGGGAAUGAAUUUGCAGUUUUUUCUUUCUAAUUUCUGAUCAUAAUAUUCAACCUUUUUCUUCACUUUCGUAAUAAAUAAUUGAUAAAUUAAUGUUUAGACAAAAAAUUGUUGUUCGUAAAAACUAAUGAUAAAUAAGAUAAAUAUUAAAUAAUAAGUUUAUUGUCAUUCCCUGAAUGGAAUCCAUCCUCGAGCACGAUCGAAGGAAAAGCGUCUGAUUUUUUAGGGAAAAUAUAAAAGUUUGAAGCACAAGAAAAGCGAAUGACCAAAUUUAAAUGGAUUUGAUAUAAAUUCAUAUUGAUACAGCGACUCACAAUGAAAAGGUCAUAAGUGAAAAAUCUUUCUAUUAUUCCAUAUCUUUCCAAAUGAUCAUUAUGAAAAUUAAAAAUGAUAAAAAUUAAGUAUAGCAGUAAAAAUUCUCACAAAAAAAAAAAAUCGAAUUAUAGUCGUACUUUAUUGAUCGGAUAGUUAUUAAAAUAAUAUUACUGCAGAGAGAUGUAUACAUGUCGCAAAAAGAAAAAAAAAAUGUAGAUGAUAACAUUGAAUAUAAAAGUAUAACAGAAUUUGGUCCUUUCUUCAUUAACGGCAAUUGCACAAUCAAUUGCAAUUGGAGUCAAAAGUUUUAUGGUUUUAAUGUUAGAACACAUUUUAAUGGGAAUAUAAAUGAACAAGAGUUUUUUGACAUUCAACAGAGAAAGAAAGCAAGA